ACACUUGGGUGCUGCUCUGGGCCUGUAUGCCUGGGCCCUCUUGCUGGGAUGGUCCGGGUAGACAGAAGUAGCCAAAGAUGGGACCCGGAUGCCAGGCUGGGUUGGCUGAGAUACCAGACCCAAUGCGUGAUGGGUGUGAACCUUCACCGUACAGCUGCUCCCACCUUUCUGAGUUCCUGGGAGCCUCCACAGUGAAGUAUGAGGAGCAGGUGGUCUGGCCACUAGACCACUAGACCUGAAGGCAGUCUAUAAAACAAGCUAUGGCCAGAUGGGUCAGGCCAAUUCCCUCUGGUGGGGUGGGUGCUUCCUGCCCAGGGUUGUAGGAUAUCAGCUUGACUGCAGAGUGAAUUGGGUGCCCACAGCAGGUGAAGCUAAACAGGCACUAGAGAGUUGGAGCCGGUGGUGGCCGAGGCCACUGGUUCCUCUUCCAGGGCAGCAUCCCGGGGACUCGGGCACUUCUGCUGUCUGUGGGUGUCCGUGCUGAAGCAGCAGUCAGAUGGCGGAAGCUGGCAAACGCACGCCCCCCUGACCCCAUCCCCUGGGCUUUUCACCAUCCAGUUGAGUGUUUCCCAGAGGCACGGAGCUGUUGUUUAGGGUUUGUUGGGAUACAGUUUCUGCCCCUGUCCUCUCCCUGUGUGGUAGAUGGAACCCCACACACACAAGUCCCGCCAUAGCCUCUCCAUCUUUACCUGGGGUUGACACUUGGGUGUCUUUGGCAGAAUAGAAGCAGAGCAGAGUUCAGGUGUAGGCUAGGUUUUCAGAUCUCUCUCAGCCCCAACAGCUCUGGGCUCCUGAUGUGGGGAACCUGCCCCCCAAGCCAAGAGCCACUGCCUUCCUCUGUGGGUCUGGAGGGUGGGGGAGAAGUUGGUCUGCCUGCUUCCUACCCUACUAGGCUUCUGCACAGAGACUAGUGUCAUCCUCACCACCAUUCUUAAAAUUCCUUUUGAUUUAUCCAUUUUAGAUGAACAAAUCAGGUUCAGAGAAGUUAAAUAAGUUGCUAACCAGGGGCAGAGCUGACAUUCGAAUCCAGGUCCACCUCGCUUGAAGGUUUGGUUCUUUCCAGUUUACCAGCCAUGGGGGAUUGGAGGGACCCCAGACUCGACUUAACCUGGCUUCAUCAUAAGAAUUUCAGCAGUUUCACCUGUUUUUCCGUGAAGUAACACCAACUAAAUUUCAACCAACAGCAGCGUGCCUUUGUGCUCUUGCUGCUUUUCUUCUCUGAUAGAAGAUUCAGGAAAGUCAGUGCUCAUGAAAAACUGUUAUUCCUUUGGGGGAGUGUGGAAAUUAUUCCGAGAGAGCGCAAAGGAAGGAAGUGCUUAAUUCAGUGCCAACCGUGUAGCUUUAGGUGUAAUCGGAGUUGGGAGGUGGCUUGGGUCAGGAACCUUCCUGACCCUCACCCAGGUGACCAGCUAGUCUGCCUUUGCCUAAGACCCCCCUGCAUACUUUCCUACUAUUAAAAAUAAAGCAAAAAGCCUGAAAAGUAGAAUUUAAAAUGCAGAGAUUUCAGGAAGGGUAGUGGGGCAGAGUCCUGGGUCCUGAACCUCUAAGAAUGGGGGUGGGUGUAUACUCUAGAAGCUGGGUAAGUAAGGGUGGGGGGAGAGCUGCGGCCAAAGCUGAGAGCCCAAGGGCAGCCUCCGUUUGCAGGAGUGAUCUGGACUUGACACACUGGUUUUCCCUUCAGCAGUGCCCACAGCCCACAUUCCUCCAGGCCUCUGACCCUCCCUUGCACACGGCACUUUGGGUGUGCUCUGCCUGUGAGAGCGGAGGGUGGUGCAUGAUGCUGCUGCAGUUUGCGGGCAAGACUCAAGUCUUCCUUCCCUUUUUACUUUUGUAGAGUUGACUUCUAGUCCUGAGCAGACAUGGGGUACAGGAUAUGGACACUUCAGCUCAGUUUUGUGACCCAAAGUGCCUGGGGCUGUGAUGGCCUGUUUGCUGUCUUUAGAAUACACUUGUGAUUUUAGAUUCAACCUGUGGUUUGCUGGAUCUUUGGUAUGGAGGACACCGGCCAGCCACUGUCCUUCAUGGCAGCUGGCUGUUGGCUAAUCAGGCUAGGGACGAUCAGACUGGUCUUCUUCAGUGUGAGCUAGCUUGACACAGUCUAGGUGAGCAGUAAUGUGUCCUGGGGAGUCCCUCCUAAGAACCUUCUCUCAAGGGGGCCCAGACCAUGUAUGCCUGGGAGGACAAGGCUUCCCAAAGAGAAGGGUGGUGCUGAGAGAACCCAGGCACCCUUGUCUCUUUGCAGUGGUAGGAAGUUUCUGGUUGAGCUAGUGUGUAAGGACAGGACAGCAGGAGCAUUGGCAGAGCUGGAAUGGGAGCCACACCUCCUGCUUUCCCAGGAUUUUCUUCCCCCCUUUGAGCUGGGCCACCCCUGCAGGUUAGAGGGGCCUGGCAGGCUGGGAGCCCCCUCCACCCAGCCCCACCCCAGGGAAAAGCUGCAGCCGAAGUUCUCACAAGUCUGGCUUCAAAGCAUGACUCAUUCUCUCACUCUCCUCAGACUGGAGGGCAGCGAGGGAGGCAGCAGAGACCCCAGCCUCUCCUCAGAACAGUGAGUGACAUUGCUGCCUUAGGCACCACACGAAAGCUAGGAGUUCUUUUGCUGGUGAUGAGGGAUUUGGUGGAUUCAAGGGAAGCUAGCAGUAGGCUCUUAUGCUUGAUUUGGAAAUGUGACUUGCAUCCUGUGAUUUAGAGGCUUCCUGGGAUCAGGGGACAGUGGGUACAAUACUACAGGGAAUGCAACCCCAAGUUCUGGGGCCAGUCUCCCUACAGUGGAAGGCUCCCUCCGAACCUUCACCUGCUGGGACCUUUUGCGUGUUGAGAAGGGAGGCAAGUAUCCCAGAGUCCACUCUUGCAGCUGGUCCACCAGCAAACUGGGGGCGGAUGGGGGGAAUAAGGGACAGGCCAGUCACCUCUCAGCUAAGAGCUCUUUUGUUUGCCAGGCUUGAAAGCACCUCCCUGAGCACCCUCUCUUUUCCAUCUGGCCCUGUACUUGCUUUGUACUUGGUGUCCAUGUCCUUAAAGGCCACAAGCCCAGGUGACCUCAGCCUUGGCCCCCAGCCAUUCCCAGGCCGGACUCCUCUGGUAACUUGGGGCCUGUUGAGGGGCUUCGGUUCUUGCUCAGCUAUGCGGUCUGUUCACAAAUCCUGUCUCCAGGCCCUUUGGGGGUGGGGAAGGGCUGGGCCUAGGCUUUCAUAGGAAAUACAGAUGUGCUUCUUGUUGCUGCGCCUCCUCCAGCACAGGGGUGCCCUGCAUUUGAGAAAAGGGCCUGUGGAUCUUAAGCAAUUGGGAUGCUUUUGAGAGUAAAAGGAGGCAUUGCUAAUAAGCCUGCUGAGCAAACAGGGAUGGGUGGUCACCCUGAUUAGAAGCAGGAAAAAAUCUUAGGCAGCCUAGCAGAUGCCUGGGAUUUUUUAAGGAGCUCUCCUGUCUGUGCUUCAGGAAGGAAUGGAUUUGUCUCCUGUGACUCUGCCUUGUCCUGGCCUGGUCUCUGGGCAGUGGCAGGUCCCCGCACGUGGCCAGAGCAAUGCCUGGCACAGUGCCUCCCUUUUCCAGUUUUCCGAGUCCUUUCUUGAGGGCGAGGGACACCCAUGGUGCCCUCAGCCUCAUUUUCUGAGCACUCUUUCUCAACUAGUGCAGUAUGUGUCAGGAGAAAAGGUACCCAGUGACCCCAGCCGCUGGCCCAAGGCCAAAGGAGCUAGCUGGGAAGGGCUCAGGAAUUCCUGGGAGCUGUCAGGCUUGGGACUUUCAGGGUUAAAUCCUGGCCCAGCAGGGACUGCUCCCAGCUUCUGGGGAGAGUGAGUAUGAAUAACAAUAGCAGUGGGGAAAUUAAGCUGGAAAGCCUGGGCUUGCUGGGUGGGGAGGGGGUUGCAGGGUGCCAGAGAGGGCAGAGCCUUGUCUGACACCUUAUUUGGCAGCACCUUGCUUUGCUUUGGGGAGUAGGUAAGGAGUGAACAGCACACUAGUCUCUGACCACUGACUCUGACACCCCCACCCGCCAGUUCUCCAUUGCCUUGGCCAUGCCAGCUUCCAGGAUACAGCCCAGCUCUGGCCUCUCAUUCAGGAGGGGGCCCAGGCUGCCCCAGAUCGAAAGUACUCCAUGACACACACGCGGAGGAAGUCCCUUCCCAUGCUGAGUUCGGGCCCCACUGGCCGCCGGGAGCCCCUGCAGAUGGAAGGCAGCAGUAUGGAGCAGGGGGCGGAGAGUGUGGAAGCAGGCAUGCCUGAGAGCCCAGGGCACCUCACAGGGCGCCGCAAGAACUACCCACUUCGUAAGCGCCCAUUAGUUCCUGAGAAGCCUAAGGCCUGCAAAGUGCUGUUGACCCGCCUGGAGAAUGUGGCUGGUCCGCGGAGUGCAGAUGAGGCUGAUGAGCUGCCCCCUGACCUGCCCAAGCCCCCCAGCCCAGCCCCAUCCAGUGAGGACACUGCCCUUGCCCAGCCCCGCAAGAGGCGCCUGGCCUCCCUCAAUGCAGAGGCCCUCAAUAACCUGCUGCUGGAGCGGGAGGAUGCCAGCAGCCUGGCCGGCACUCGUCGCAGUCGAGGGGGAGACCCUCACCGCAGUCGGGACCGUGACCGGGCCAGUGGGGGCUGGUCCUCUUCCAAGAAGCGGCCCCGGCUAGAGGACCUCGGAGGGGGAAGUCGGGACCUGUCCCCAGAGCCAGCACCUGAGGAGGGUGCUCGUCGAGAUGGUGACCCAGCUCCCAAGAGAUUGGCCAGCCUGAAUGCAGCUGCCUUCCUAAAGCUGAGCCAGGAGCGGGAGCUACCCUUGAGGCCACCUCGUGCCCACCCAGAAGCAGAUGGGCGCUCCACAGAGCCACCAGCACUGAGGGUUCCGAGGCCAAAGUGGGCUAAAGUCAAUGGCAAGAACUAUCCCAAGGCCCGUCAGGGGCUUGGCUCUGGGGAGGCCGUAGGUCCACCCGGCUGGCAAAAGCACCCCGAGGAGCCAUGGCCAUCUGCCACCCCUCGUGGGCCAGCCAGCCAGCCACCUUACCAGCCCCUGAGCAAGGCUCUGGAGAGCCCCUUGGGGCUGCGCCCCCACCUGCCCCUGCUGAUGGGUGGGCAGGCAGCCUUGAAGCCGGAGCCUGGGCGCCCAGGCGAGGAGUCACCUGCCCCCAAGCAGGAACUGCACCAGCCUUCUUUCCCUGCACCCCAGCUGUCCCCCCUGCCGAUGCCUGGCAACCCUGCCCACUACAGUGGCCUGUGUGGUAGGCCUGAGCUCCCUGCACUAGGCAGCUUCUACCUGUACUGCAGCCAAGAUGGGCUGCAGUGUGGAGGCUACUCCCCCUGCCCCAUGCUUCCUGAGGGCAAGUUGUCCCCAGUGGCUGCACCUAACGAGGGGCUCCUCUUGGCACCGAGCUCAGUGCCCGCGGGCACCCCUUUCCAACACCCUCCCUGGGGCUCUCGCUACUGCUUUAGCGAGGACACUGGAGUGAAUGGCUACAGCAUCUGUGAAAUGUUGCCCCCGUCUCUUACCCAUAUUGGCACCACCUGUGGCGGCUGCCCCUACAAAAUGCCUUUUGCAGCAGGCUGCAGGUCCCUAGGCCAGCUGGAAUUUCCUCUCCCGGAAGCCGGCCACCCUGCCUCACCUGCCCACCCCCUCCUGGGAUGCCCUGUGCCCAGUGUGCCACCUGCAGCGGAGCCCGUCCCCCAUCUUCAGACACCCACCUCGGAGCCCCAGACGGUAGCCCGUGCGUGCCCUCAGAGCGCCAAGCCUCCUAGCGGCUCCAAGUCAGGUCUGCGCACGGGCUCCAGCUGUAGGCACACUGCGAGAAGCAAGGCUGCCUGCAGGCCCAGCCACCCCAAGCAACCGCGUGUCCAGCGCCCACGCCCACGCCGCCGCCGCCGCCGCCGCACUAACGGCUGGGUUCCCGUUGGGGCUGCCUGUGAGAAGGCGGUCUAUGUCUUGGAUGAACCAGAACCAGCCAUCCGAAAGAGCUACCAGGCAGUGGAGCGGCACGGAGAGACCAUCCGGGUCCGGGACACUGUCCUCCUCAAGUCAGGCCCACGAAAGACAUCCACACCUUAUGUGGCCAAGAUCUCUGCCCUCUGGGAGAACCCUGAAUCAGGAGAGCUGAUGAUGAGCCUCUUGUGGUAUUACAGACCAGAGCACUUACAGGGAGGCCGCAGUCCCAGCAUGCACGAGCCUUUGCAGAAUGAAGUCUUUGCAUCGAGACAUCAGGACCAGAACAGUGUGGCCUGCAUCGAGGAGAAGUGCUACGUGCUGACCUUUGCUGAGUACUGCAGAUUCUGUGCCAUGGCCAAGCGUCGAGGUGAGGGCCUCCCCAGCCGAAAGACAGCACUGGUGCCCCCCUCUGCGGACUACUCCACCCCGCCACACCGCACAGUGCCCGAGGACACGGACCCUGAGCUGGUGUUUCUUUGCCGCCAUGUCUAUGACUUCCGCCAUGGCCGCAUCCUCAAGAACCCUCAGUAGCCUCCUCAGGCUCACACUGAGGCUGCCCACGGGCAAGUGGGGCUCGGGGCAGGGGGUACUGCUUGAAGCACAGCACUUGGUUAAGGGGCCAUAGGGACCUGAAGUUGCUGGCCUGUGGUUCUCUUGGGGGGGAGGGCAGGGAUCCCUAUGGGUACUGGGCCCUUGGGAGGGAAGGGGAGGCCAGGGUAUAGGGAAAGCAUCACAGCCCUCAGCUUGGCCCAGGGUGCCUCUCUAUGGUUGCCUGGGUGGAGACUUGAAGAAGCAGUCUUCCCUGAGACUGGGCCAAGCCUGAGGGGCAUGGGGCCCUGGGGGAGGGGAGAGUCUUUCAGGAACAAGGCCCACUAGGCUCUUUAGCCUCCCCUGGGCCCUUCAAGAGGGAGUGGGAGCCAGCUUUACCUCACCCACUGUGACCCGCUGCUUCCCCAUCAGCCUGGGACCAGGCUCUCCCAGAUUUUAGCACAGCUAGUUCCUUCCUUUGAGGCAUAGAGAGCCAGAGUCUGGCUUCCAGAGCAUGGACUUGCUUUUUCUAGACUCGGGGCCUUUCCCUGGCUUCCUCCUUUGCCCCUGCAGUAGCCCCUGGUGCUGGGACAAGUUACCCAGUGCACAUAGUCAUGGGUGUGGCCCACUUGUGGGAGUCAGCUUCCUGUCUGCCUCCUGGUGAGGGCCACCCAGCAGGUCUGGCUUCCCAGAAGCUAACUGGUCAACAUGAGGUUUAUCAUGUCUGGGAGGGCAGAAGGGAGCUGGGAGGGGGUGGGGGGCAGGGGGCAAGGAAAAUUGCUACCUGAUUUAUUGAAGACUUUUCCUCUUGCCUUACACUUGGAGGUUCUAGGAAACCUCUUGCAGAACUUCAUACAUGACUCUUCAAGCCACACCCACCUGAAAUCAAACCAAAGGAGUGCUGUGGCUCCCCUUGCCCUGCCACCCCUUACCCUAGUCUUUUGUAGAUUGCACUAAUUUACAUCCCUGCGAGAAUCAACACUGUAUCAGUCCACAGACCUGCUGAGCUGCAGCCACUCACUCUAGGAGCUAAGGACCUGCAUUUUCAGUUUGUUCCUGUUGCCCAGGGGCCCCGUUCUCACCUCAUGCUGCUCCCCAGAGUAGAUUAGAGGCUGAGCCCCCUCUUGUCCUAGUCAGGACUAGGCCCUGGCCCUGGGGCUGUCUGUGAGGGGGCUGAAGCAGCCUGGUUCUUUCCUGUUUGUACCAAAGAGGAGCAUGGUGGGGAGGGGAGGGGAGGGGAGCACAGUGUGGCUUGGGCCCUUCUUAUGAGCACUUACACAGGGCACACCCCUGGGGGUAGGAGCCAAGGAGGGCAGCACUCCCUCUUCUCCCCUAGGAAGGGGCAGGCACAGACCCGGCAUGUAAGGAGGUGACACUGGGUGAGGACAGUCAAGCUGGGUCUAGAGAGGGAGGUAGAAGCAAAUCCUGUGGGCGCUCCCAGCCUUGUGCUAUAGGCUGCUCCCAGUUGGUCCCUGGGCUUAGGGGGGCCCUGGAGGCUUCAGAGGUGAAUUUCCAUACAGAAAGCCCAAUCCCAAACCUGAAGGGAAGGGGCUAGGGUGCCCUUGUACUGAAUAAGCUGUCAGGAGGAAGGUGUGGGGCAGUAAGAGAGGUUGGCAGAGUGGCCAUGGGGCCUUUGGAGAGCCAGCCUUGGAGCCUGCUCAUUCCCAGGGUGCUUAGCCCUUGCUGCUGAGGAGCCCAGCCUCACCUAGCAGGAAAGGAGAUCAAGGCCCCUCCUCCCAGGAGGCAGGGUCUGCUGCCCAGAACUUAAAUGCUUUUGAAAUCUCUUAGAUGUCGAAAUAUUUUUUCGAACCUGAAAAUGCAGCUGGUAGAAUUUCAAUGGAAGCAUAAUUCAUGUAAAAUAUAUUUUAGUUGAUAUUUUGUAAAAUGCACUUUUUGUGUGUGUCGACCCUGGUUUCUCAGAUCUGUAUUUCAGUGUUUACAAGGGAGGGAGGACCUUUCCUCACCUCCCUUUUGACAGAGAUUAGAAGUACUUCUUUAAGAAAAAAAUAAAUUUGAAAAAUUGUAUUGAUUUAGAAAAGGA